GUCACUCAUCGUUCAGCGGCGGCAACACCAUAUAUUCAUUUUGACAGCGACAAUUCGCAUGCUGUCAAACGAGACGAACACGCGUGCUUAACACACAACAAAAUAUUCCGUUUUGAAUAGAAUCAAAUACCGAAUCAACAGAAAGUUCAAGAAAUAUGGAGAAGAAAAAAUUUAAAAAGCAUCAAACCAAAAGUAAAAAUGCACAAGGCAAAAAGUCGAAUGGUGUUAAAAGUGGAGGCAAGUCGGAAUUUAAAGGAAAAAUCAAAGGUGGUGUACGUGAAGAUGCUGAAAUUAAAUCGUUGCUAGAAAAAUAUCCAACGAUAAGUGCGAAGAAAGUUGAAAAAUUCAGUGAUUUUCCACUGUCCAGGAAAACGUUGCAAGGACUACAGAAGAGUAAUUAUGCCAAACCGACAGAAAUUCAGCGCCAAUCGAUUGGAUAUGCACUUCAGGGUCGAGAUAUAUUGGGUGCAGCCAUCACCGGCAGUGGCAAAACAUUGGCCUUUUUAAUCCCAGUAAUGGAGAAUCUGUUUGUUAAGAAAUGGGUGCGUCAAGACGGAAUUGGAGCAAUCAUCAUUUUACCCACAAGAGAAUUGGCUUAUCAAAUUUUCGAAACACUUAAAAAAGUUGGUGCUCAUCAUGACUUUUCGGCUGGUUUAAUUAUCGGUGGGAAAAAUUUAAAAUUUGAACGCACACGAAUGGAUCAAUGUAAUGUGAUUAUCUGCACACCCGGCCGAUUGCUGCAGCACAUGGAUGAAAAUCCAUUGUUCAACUGUUCGUCGAUGCAAACUUUAGUUUUGGAUGAAGCCGAUCGUUGUCUUGACAUGGGUUUCGAAGAGUCAAUGAAUGCAAUCAUUGAAAAUCUACCACCCGAACGACAAACACUUCUAUUUUCGGCCACUCAAACCAAAUCGGUCAAAGAUCUUGCACGAUUGAGUCUUCGUGAUCCAGUCUACGUUGCUCCGCACGAGCAACAGGCCGUCAUUACACCAGCUGCGCUGAAACAAAACUACGUAGUCAUCGAAUUAGAGGAUAAACUAACAAUGCUUUGGUCAUUCGUCAAGAAUCACUUGAAACAGAAAACUAUCGUUUUUAUGGCGACGUGCAAGCAAGUUAAAUACAUUUACGAGAUAUUCUGCAAACUUCGACCAGGUGUCAGUGUUAUGGCAUUGUACGGUACAUUGCAUCAGGACCGUAGAAUGGCCAUUUAUGAUGAAUUUUGCCGCAAAAAGAAUGCAGUAUUGCUUGCCACCGAUUUGGCUGCUCGAGGUCUGGACAUUCCAGCAGUUAAUUGGUCUAUGCAAUUGGACGCACCGUCAGAUCCAAAUGAGUAUAUCCAUCGAGCCGGCAGAACAGCACGAAACACUGCACACGGUGAAAGUUUGCUGGUUCUACUGCCAAGCGAAGAAGAAGGCAUGGUAAAAGAGUUGACCGACAGAAAAAUUCCAAUCAAUAAAAUUCACGUGGAUCCAAAAAAAAUGUUCACACCACGUGCCAAGAUCGAAGCCUUUUUGGCACAAAACAAAGAAUUGAAGGAGUCAGCACAGCGUGCUCUCAUCAAUUAUGUUAAAUCGAUUGCACUGAUGAAGAACAAAGAGAUUUUCAAAGUUGAAGCUCUGAAUAUUGAAGCAUACGCUCAAUCUCUUGGGCUAAUGUUUGCUCCGCGCGUGAAAUUUUUGCAAGGUGUAAAGUAUUUCGCAGAGAAGAAGAAAGCUGAAUCGGAAAAAGGAAAAGCGAAUGAUGAUGAUAUUGCUCAAAAAUUGGAAACUAAUGACAGUGAUGGAAGCGAAAAUGAAAGCGAAGGUGACGACAGCGACGAGGAGUCAGGUGAUGAAGAGCAGGAAGGAGAAGAAGAAGAUUCUGGAGAUGAAGACGAAGACGAAUCAGAAUCUGAGUCAGAAGAAGAGUCAAAUGCUUCGGCAAAACCAAGUAAAAAGCCAAGCAAAGUAGACAAAACAAACCAAUUCAAUGAAUCAUCUGACGAUGAUGAAGGGGACGAUUUCAUGCGGAUAAAACGUCGUGACCACGAAAUCGAGGAGGAUACGUUGCCCGAAGUACCGGAUUUGGCCGAAGUCAAAUCGAAAAAGCAAAAGGUUGUUACAAAGGCAGCGCUCGCCAAAAAGUUGAUCAAAAAGAAGAUUUUGCCGAACAAAAAGGUCGAAUUCGAUGAAGAAGGCAAUGAAUUGGAAAUGGCAAACAAACUGAAAUCAGAUCUAGCUAAAGAAUAUGAACAGUCCACAGAGUGUGGUAUUGAUAUUUCGAAAGCCAGAGAAUUGAUCAAAGAGGAGGAUAAAUUCGAUAAGGAGCGAUUCAAGCAAAUGGUCAAAGCCAAACACCGGAAAAAGAAAUUGAAGAGCAAAAAAGACAAGAAUGAUCAGGGUGAACAGGAUGAUUUCGGAAGCGAAGAAGAGAGCGACGGACCAGAUAUGUCGUGGUUGCCAGAUCCAGACAAAAUCUAUGGCAACAAAUCGAAUGAUGUGUCCGAUACAGAGAGCGAAAGUGGAUUCGGUGCCCGUCAAGUGGUUAACUCUUCAAGCGAUGAUGACAGUGAAUCCGAAGAGGAACAACCAGUUCACAAACCGAAUAAAAGAAAACUUCGAAUUCGAAACGAUGAUAGCGAUCAAAGCGAAGAAGAACUGUCAACGUCGAAGAAAAUUCGGAAAAUCACAUCAAAACUUACGGUCGAUGAUGCCGAAUCAUUUGCCAUGCAACUUUUAUCGAAGUAACACACUUUUUAACUCAUUGAAAAUUUCGAAUGUAUAUAAUUUAUAUUUUUUAUUUCCAAACAGUUUAAAUUCGUAAUAAAUUCUAUUAUUAUAAAAAAAAA